AUGGUGGCGGUAUUGGUGGACUCCCCGCAUCCUGGUCGCACCCUCGCACGGCUCGCGCUUCUGCUGAGCCUGGUGUGGCGCGGGGGCCAUGGCCGCGACCCGCCCACCGUCGCCAUCCCGGAUCAGGGCACGGUGAUGGGCAUGUACAUGAAGAUGUUCCGGACGCAGCGCGUCAUCGCGUACCUCGGCAUCCCGUACGCGCAGGCACCGGUCAACGAGAAGCGCUUCACGCCACCCGUCGUCGACAAUCUGCCGGGCUGGGAGGGUGUGAAAAACGCUACCAGUCUGGCCCCGCACUGCUGGCACAUGCCUCGGGACACUCACCGGAGGCACAACCAGCUGUUUAUGGAGCUGAUCCGAUCGGGCGAUGACGGCGGCGGUGGCGGUGGUGCCGGGGAGAGGCAGUACGACGAGGACUGCCUGUUCUUGAACAUCUACAUACCGGACGCAACGAUGCCAUCGGACGGUUACUCGGUGCUGGUCACGUUCCCCACCGGAGACUUCGAUGGCGACACACCAUUCACGCUAAACCCAUUCCAGAUGGUGUUCAAGCAGAAGAUCAUCGUCGUAACAGUGGCGUACCGGUUGGGCAUCUUCGGUUUCUUCACUAGCAUGGACGGCGAGGCACCAGGCAAUUUUGGACUGAUGGACCAGUCUGCGGCUCUGCUCUGGGUCAAGCGCAACAUCCGGCUAUUUAACGGGAACGAGGAUUCGGUCACGAUCAUGGGCCACGGUACGGGCGCAAUCUGCGUGGGGCUUCACCUCACGUCCGGCGAAUGGACGCAGGACAUGUUCCACAAGGCCAUCCUGAUGUCCGGCAGCUUGCUGCUUGACUCGAGCGUCCGCUCCGCCAAGCAAUAUGCAUCUUCUUUGGACGAACUAGCGACCGCCUUCGGGUGUUUCCGCCGGCCGACCACAAAGCUGAUGGAUUGCUUACGACGGGUUGACGCGCAGAUCCUGGCCGAAAACUCACCCCCGAUCGACUGGGGUCCCGUCAUCGACCAAGGGCUAAGCAACAUCACUACGCCCUUCAUCCCGGACCAUCCGAAUAUGCUGGUUCACCAGGGCAAGCUACGGAGAGUGCCACUGCUGAUCGGCCACACGGACAUGGAGGAGGUGUUGGAGCUGACGAUGGGUGACAUGCUGGAGCACGGAUUGGGAGCGGAGAUGUUCGAGACACUGCUCGGGGACGUCGUGAUGGGUGACUUAGCCGAGAUGGACUUCAACGAGACGCUAUGCGGUGGCAACAUGGACAUCGUGAUGGAGGCGAUCCAGUACCAGUACAAGCCGUAUCCACCGACGACCGAUCCGAUUGUGCUGCGUCGCAAGUACAUCGAGUUCGCGACGGAGCGCAAAUACGUCGCACCUACGAUCGAACUGGCCAUGCACAUGAGCCAGCAAGCGGACACGUUCGUGUACCGGUUUGACAUCCGGCCGCGGACAACUGCUGCUCUCAGAGAUGUGCCGGAAUGGGUCGGAGUGCCACACAACUUCGAGCUGAUCUUCCUGUGGGGCCUCCCGUAUUGGCUGGCCCUGGCCGACCAGAUGCAGUGGGAUAGCGCGGACAAGCGGGUGGCCGAUAUCGUGAUGACGUUGUGGGCCAACUUCGCCAAGUUCACCAACCCGACCCAAGUUGGGGUGUACAUCCGGUGGGAGAAGUUCACCGUCACCGAACCGGGCGUGCUGAUCAUCGAUCGGUCGUUCAACAUGAGCGAUCAUACGACGAUGAGCUUCGACGCUGUCAAGUUCUGGAACCACUAUUACCCAAGUGUCAUCAACUUUGCCGCCCAGUGCUGUAACGCGACGUACAAUGGAGGCGCUCGGGGUGCGAUCUACCAUGGUUUCCAAACGGGUAGUUUCGUUCUGGUCUGUCUGAUUCUGUUACAAUCAUUCCUGCACGUGCAGACUGCGUACAUUUCGUUUUCGACGUAG